AUGCUGUUCUUCAGCUUCUUCAAGACGCUGGUCAACCACGAAGUCACCGUCGAGCUCAAGAAUGAUAUAUCAAUCCGUGGAACAUUGAAGAGCGUGGAUCAGUACUUGAACAUCAAGCUGGACGAUAUCUCGGUAGUCGAAGAGUUGAAAUAUCCACAUCUGAGCUCAGUCAAAAAUGUCUUCAUUCGUGGCAGUGUUGUGCGCUAUGUGCACCUGCCAGCUGCUGCAGUAGACACACCACUGCUCGAGGAUGCAACAAGAAGGGAAGCUUCGCAGGCCGCGACCAAGGCAAAGCAGGGUUAG